UUGCAGUGAUUUGUUGCUAUGCCAUCAAAUAAUAAAAGUGCACUAAGACAAACCAACCGGAAUCUACGAGCAGAAAUCGAUGCACUUAAAGCUCAAGUGGUACAAAUGAAAAAUGAUUUAUCCCAAUCGCGUACAAUUCGUCCUAAAAUUGAUCAAAUGAGUACUGAAGUUGUCGACUCGAAUCCAUAUAGUCGGUUGAUGGCACUUCAGCGCAUGGGAAUAGUUACUGAUUAUGCUCUGUAGGCAAAUUUUUAUGAAGGUUUAUUAUUUUUAAUUAUCUGUUAGCUAAGUAGUUCAUAUGUACACUUUCCAAUUAAUGGUUUAUUAAUUUAUGAGCAUUUUUAUUACUCUUUGUUAGCUGAUUUAUCUAAGUUUGACGUCAUCAUCAAUUGGAAGAUUUAUAGGCGGUAGAUAAGUUUUAGAAUAGUUUUCAUCACAUUAUCAUUGAAAAAAGGAGAACAGUAGACAUUUAUUUCGCCAUUAGUGCACAUCCAUGAUCACUUUAGCAGCCAAGCUUAUGCCUGUUAGACUAGCAUUUCCUAAUUAAGCUAUGCAGAGUAUGCAAAUAAUAACGUGUUAAUAAUAUUAAAUGACGGUGUUGUUAUGUGGUAAGUCUGAGAAUAACAAAUUAGGCUCUGUUGCGGAUUGUUUGACUUCGAGACUUUCAUUUUUGUGUAGAAAGACAACGGUAGAUUCUCAUCUUAGCCAUCCAGCUAGGGGUAACGCAACAAAACCAAACACAUCCGCCUGAGCUGCAAAUCUAUCUUCUCAGUUUCAUCAGUGGUUAGUUGGUGAGAUAUUCACUGCUGUAAUCUAGAAAACUUGGGCUAGAUUCAACACAGUCGUGGAUGCGCCUUGCUAAAUAUUAUUAUCAGAAUAUUGAUUCUGUGAAUUUCACUUCCUCUGUGAGGGUUUUCAUGUUUCUGUCUUUAUUCUAAAUCAUUUAGAAUUCGAGAGAAAACUGUAGUUAUAGUGGGUGUUGGUGGUGUUGGCUCAGUUACUGCAGAAAUGCUUGUUCGAUGUGGUAUCGGACGUUUGAUUUUAUUUGACUAUGACAAAGUUGAGUUGGCUAAUAUGAAUCGAUUAUUUUUUCAGCCUCAUCAGUCUGGUCUCAGUAAAGUUGCUGCAGCAGCAUCCACCUUGAGUUUUAUUAAUCCAGAUGUACAAAUUGAAGCGUACAACUACAACAUAACUUUAGUAGAAAAUUACGACCACUUUCUUAAUCGGCUGAAGUAUGGUGGCUUAAAACCGGAAAGUCCUGUAGAUUUAGUGUUAAGUUGUGUUGACAAUUUCGAAGCUCGUAUGACCAUUAACAAAGCGUGCAAUCUACUUGGUCAGGUUUGGUAUGAAUCUGGUGUCAGUGAAGAUGCUGUCAGCUGUCAUAUACAACUAAUGUACCCUGGUCGGACUCCAUGCUUUGAAUGCUUACCACCUCUAAUUGUAGCUAGUGGAUUAGAUGAGAAGACUUUAAAACGUGAAGGUGUGUGUGCAGCAUCAUUGCCUACCACUAUGGCUCUGGUCUCCUCAUUGUUAGUUCAGAACACUUUAAAGUAUCUACUGAAAUUUGGCGAAGUUUCUAGUUACUUAGGUUAUGGAGCAGCUAAAGAUUCAUUCUACCGUGUUGAUUUAAGGGCGAAUCCAGAUUGUGGUGAUCAAUGGUGUAAUCAACGUCAGACGGAAUGGCGUAAUUAUCUUCAGAAAAUGAAUCUUCCGCUUAAUUCACCCUGGGAUAUUGAAGAACGUUUAAAAGCAGAUCAGGCUAGACAGGAAAAACUCCAAGAAGCUCUCUUGAAAUCGAAGCAUGAAGAAAAUGAUUUUGGUAUUGAAUUAGAAUCAGAGUCAUCUCCGGAUACGGAAUCCGCCGCCUUAUCCAACUCUGCUUCUGAAAUGAACGGUGGUGUAAAACCAUUGUAUUCAGUGAAGGAUAAAAAGGCCGAUGCGAAUUCUCAGAACACACCAGAUUCUUUCGUUUCGCAAACGGAUGACAGUCUUGAAGCACUUAUGGCUAAAAUGAAACAGUUGUGAUGACUUUUUUAACUUUUUAACUGGUAAAUAUCAUGGUAUAACUGUUGAUGAUGAACGUCCUUUUCCCGUUGUAUUUUGGUGUUUUUUCUGCAGUCCUUGAUUUAAAUUUUGUGGCAAUAUGUGAUACUUUUGUAUUUGUUUCUUUCUUUAUAUUUCGUCGAUAGUAUUUUUCUUCUAACAAUAGACUUUAUUUUGUGUUGUUGGGAAACUGUAAUCAAUCAAGAGUGAAUAAAACCGUUUGCAC